AACAAACCGCUCUCAAAGUAAACACCACAGUUACAGAGGCCCUCCUCGGGGCUAACUUUAUACACACUGUAUUAUUUACUCUGUUUAAGAAAACAUCUUUUCACAGUAACAGUGCGAUGAGUUGAAAAUAACCUGUGACCUUUCACCUUUCACAGUGUUUGUUCCCAGCAGUAAUGGACGGAGGCUAUGACCCACCUUGCAGCAGAACAGGCCGUAUGAGUUUAACACAACAGCUCAGUUUCGUAACUGCGACGGUGGAGGAGGGAGGUGAACCCCAGCUACACGACCCCUUCACAGGAGUGAUGGAAGUCAGAGGAUUGAAAACUGCCGGUACGAGACUUUAGGGGUGCAGCGUUGGCCUGGCUGGCAUCAUGCAUCAGAAAGGUGCCAUCCAAAUCAUAGAAUGGGAGGACCUGGACAAGAGGAAAUUCUACUCCCUGGGUGUGUUCAUGACCCUCACCACCAGGGCCACCGUCUACCCAGCCAGCCUCAUCCGCACCAGGCUCCAGGUCCAGAAGGGGAAGGCGCUCUACUCUGGCACCAUUGAUGCUUUCUGCAAGAUCCUACGAAAUGAGGGCGUGCAGGGCCUGUACCGGGGCUUCAUGGUCAACACUUUCACGUUGGUCUCAGGACAGGCUUAUAUCACCACCUAUGAACUGGUGCGCAAGUACGUGUCCCAGUACUCGCCCAGCAACACGGUGAAGUCGGUGGUGGCGGGAGGGGCCGCAUCCCUGGUGGCGCAGACCAUCACGGUGCCCAUUGAUGUGGUGUCUCAGCACCUGAUGAUGCAAGGACAGGGCGAACACCUGACACGCUUUAAGGCGAAACCCAAAAUGAUGCUUGCAACAAGUAAGAGUAGACUGACUUUUGGGCAAACACGGGAAAUCACAGUGCAGAUAUUUGCAGCAGAUGGCUUCAAGGGAUUUUACAGAGGCUACGUGGCGUCAUUACUCACGUACAUCCCAAACAGUGCUCUCUGGUGGCCUUUUUAUCACUUUUAUGCAGAGCAGCUCUCCUUGAUGGCACCCAGUGAGUGCCCCCAUCUGAUUCUGCAGGCUUUGGCAGGACCAAUGGCAGCAGCAACCGCCUCCACCAUCACCAACCCCAUGGAUGUUGUUCGAGCAAGAGUACAGGUGGAGGGUCGAUCGUCUGUUAUCGAGACCUUCAAACAGCUGCUGGCAGAGGAGGGCGUCUGGGGGAUGACCAAGGGGCUGUCAGCCCGCAUCAUUUCCUCCACGCCCACGUCAGUGCUCAUCGUGGUAGGAUACGAGACUCUGAAGAGACUGAGCCUGCGCGCUGAGCUGGUCGAGUCCAGACACUGGUGAAAAGACCAGGACAGGAACCUGAAGUCACCUCAGUAAAGGCAGGAAGGUGCCCAGAUCUGAGUCUGGCCUUAGGGUAACUGCUCGGCUGUGUAGCUGCUUCUACCAGCCUUUAGUGGAUCUGUUAAGUGCUGAUGUAAUGCAGCAGAGUUCAAGUGUUGAUGUUUGUCUUUCGGUACACUUCGGUGUCAUCAUUAUGCCUUUUUUUUGCCACUUCUCCUGGCCUUUUUUUUGCGAAGGGUUAAUGUGAAAUAUGAAGACAUAAGUGAAAACAAUUUGUCUUAUCUUCUUAAACUUCGACUGAUUAAAGUGAAUCCUGUCUUUUUAAAGGAAUGUAGAUAAAUCAGCCCUCGUAGUGAUCACUGCCUCCUGUACUUCACUUUUUAACAACAUGAGGUGACCACAGCGGAGGAACUUCUUAGGCCUGGACUUUGAGCAGAUCAGGGGUUUUUAUCUUUUAGAGUCACACUGUCACAUUAUAACUGCAUCCAUGCUGCUUUAGCUUGUGCAGCCUUUGAGCUCACUAUCAAGCCUGGGUCCGUUUUUUUUAAACAUGUAGUCAAUCACCGUAGAUAUUCCCACAAGGCAAGUGUGUUGAGUUUUCAGUGUGCCAAAAACUGUCAACACAAAUGCCUCGUUUGUCUUCAUGAGCACAUCAAGAGCAGAGAAGUUUGACAUCUGUGCAUUCCAGUGAAAGUACUGCCGAACAUUUCACCUUUCUCUAGGCUUGAACAAAGAAUAAGGUUUGUUAUUGAGUUAAAAAAAAAAGCUUUUAAAGUGUAAAGAAGACAUGAGUAAUCCUCUAUGUAUGAAAAGUAAGCUGGACGACAAAAAGGAUGUUAACACUCGCUCUGUAUACAUUCAGGACAGAAACAUGUUGAUCACAAGUCCGUAUAUGUAACACGUCGCCCAAGUGUAGAUGGAUCUAAAGCCUUUCUGUAAUGUAAGUAGCCGUGUCUGUGAUUUAUUGUGCAGCAGUCUAUGAAGUAAGUGCUGCAGGUGUAAUGAUGAAAUCUGCUUGUAGGAGUUGAUGGGGCCAAACUGUUUGCUCAUUUUUGUUCCUGGACUGCAAAAACCUGGAUCUUCACAGAAAACAGACAGUGUAGCCUUGAACCUCAUUAACAGGCGGGCACACGGACUGCCUCAUCAUCAUGGGUCACUACUGAAGAUGACGAUUCUGCAGCAGUUUUGAUGAUUCAGGAUGAAAUCUGCAACCACUUCGAGAGAGUGAUGCAGCAAUAACUUGGAACCAGCUGCCUUGAGACUGAUGAGUGAGAGGUUCAUCACGAAGGGGACUAUGAUAACAGCUAAGAAAUGCAGUUGGAGGAGCACGUACAUGCAGCCAUAUUUAGAAAUGACUCGUACUGCCAGAAACAUCUCAGUGAGGUUUUUUCUUUUUAUAAACUGUUGCAGACAGAACCCUGGACUUAUUUCUUUCUGGUACCUGAGCUGAUUUUAUUAGAAGAAAAUCAAACAAAGGAUAUUUGCCUGUCUGGAUGAGGUGCAACACCUCAUUUACAACCUGGCUACCUGCUGUGUGUGGUGUAUAGGAGGAUUGUGAAAAGUACAGUUUGAUGUGUUUGAGAUUAUGCACACAUUGUGGACCUUUGAUGAUAUGUAAUAAAGAACUUUGAAUCACAGCA